GGUUUCACGGUCGCAUCGACAUGAACAUGAUGGCGUCAUCGGCCUCAUCCGCUGCCGGCUGUGGAUGUGUCGCUUUCGAGACUUCGGCGCUGCAUCUACACACGGCCACUGCAUUCGUGGCACCGACUAAAAUGCUGAGCUGAGCACCACAAAAGACAAAACCAUAAAUAAAGAUGAAGGCCCUUAUUUUGGUUGGAGGCUACGGGACGCGGCUGAGACCGCUCACGCUGAGCCGUCCCAAGCCGUUGGUUGAGUUCUGCAACAAGCCGAUGAUGAUGCAUCAGAUCGAAGCCCUCGUAGAGGCUGGUGUCACACACGUCAUUUUGGCCGUGAGUUACCGUGCUGAGCUUCUGGAGAAAGAGGUCAAGGUGGAAGCAGAAAAGCUCGGAGUGAAGAUCACGCUGUCUCAAGAGGAUGAACCGUUGGGCACGGCGGGUCCACUGGCUCUGGCCAAGGAGCUGCUGUCUGCAGACAGUGAGCCCUUCUUCGUCCUCAACAGCGACGUCAUCUGCGACUUCCCGCUCAAGGACAUGGUCAGCUUCCACAAGCACCACGGCAAGGAAGGCACCGUCGUGGUGACGAGGGUGGAGGAGCCUUCCAAGUACGGCGUCGUCGUUUACGAUGAGCAGGGCCGCAUCGAGAGGUUUGUUGAGAAGCCCCAGGAGUUUGUCUCCAACAAGAUCAAUGCGGGCCUCUACAUCUUCACGCCGGCGAUCCUUGAUCGCAUCGAGGUGAAGCCGACGUCGAUCGAGAAAGAAGUCUUCCCCGCGAUGGUCUCGGCCGGUCAGCUGUUCGCCAUGGAGCUGAGGGGCUUCUGGAUGGACGUGGGCCAGCCCAAGGACUUCCUGACGGGGAUGUGCCUCUACCUCCAGUCCCUGAGGACCAAGCAGCCGGACCGGCUGCUCCCACAGGGACCCGGCGUCGUGGGAAACGUGCUCCUUGACCCGAGCGCCAAGAUUGGGAAGGACUGCCGCAUCGGCCCCAACGUGGUGAUUGGCCCCGGCGUGGUGAUUGAGGAUGGCGCCUGCAUCAAGCGCUGCACCCUGCUCAAUGGUGCCACGGUCCGGUCCCACUCUUGGCUCGACUCGUGCAUCAUCGGCUGGCGCUGCACCGUCGGACAGUGGGUACGGAUGGAAAACACCUCCGUUUUAGGAGAGGACGUCUUAGUCAAGGACGAGAUCUACAUCAACGGGGGCAAGGUGCUUCCCCACAAAGCCAUCUCCGACUCGGUGACGGAACCCCAGAUCAUAAUGUGACCAAAAAUGCCUUUUUUUUAUUAAUGUUUUAUAAUAAACCUUAAAAAAAAAAAAAAGCAAACCA